GAGCUGGAGUUUGUGCAGAUUGUGGUCAUCGUGGUGGUGAUGAUGGUGAUGGUGGUGGUGAUCACCUGCCUGCUGAGCCACUACAAGCUGUCAGCGCGCUCCUUUAUCAGCCGGCACAGCCAGGGCAGGAGGAGAGAUGAUGGGCUGUCCUCGGAAGGAUGCCUCUGGCCCUCAGAGAGCACUGUGUCCGGCAGUGGGCUACCAGAGCCUCAGGUCUAUGCCCCACCUCGGCCCACCGACCGCCUGACCGUGCCCCCCUUCACCCAGCGAAGCCGUUUCCACCGCUUCCAGCCCACCUACCCUUACCUGCAGCACGAGAUCGCCCUGCCACCCACCAUCUCCCUGUCUGAUGGGGAGGAGCCCCCACCCUACCAGGGCCCCUGCACCCUCCAGCUGCGAAACCCUGAGCAACAGCUGGAGCUAAACCGCGAGUCUGUGCGCGCACCCCCCAACCGGACCAUCUUCGACAGCGACCUCAUGGACAGCACCAUGCUGGGUGGCCCCUGCCCCCCUAGCAGUAACUCGGGCAUCAGUGCAACCUGCUACGGCAGCAGUGGCCGCAUGGAGGGGCCGCCUCCCACCUACAGCGAGGUCAUCGGGCACUACCCCGGCUCCUCCUUCCAGCACCAGCAGAGUAAUGGGCCACCGUCCCUGCUAGAAGGGACCCGUCUCCACCACACACACAUCGCCCCCCUGGAGAACAUGGAGAAGGAGAAACAGAAAGGUCACCCCCUCUAGGAGUGGGGACCGGAGCACCUAUAGGCAACACAGCAAAAAAAAAAAAAAAAACAAAAAAAAAUAAAAAACACUCCGCACUUCCUAAGAGAGAAGAGAGGGGGACAGGGGACACAUAGGCCAUGCAACGUGUGCCACCUCUCCUCUCCAUGUAUAAAUAUUUACAUGUUCUGUGUGGUUUGAAUGCAGCUCAGAAAGCUUGCCAAAAAAAAAAAAAAAAAAAACACAAUUUCUUUGUUGAGCCGU